AUGAUAGAGGAACGUUUGGACAGAUCACUAGCUAACUCAGAUUGGUUAAAGUUGUUCCCCUCAGCCAAUUUAUUCAAUCUUACUGCUUCCCAUUCUGACCAUAGCCCGAUUUUUCUUUGCUACAAUCCUGUGCAAUAUCGGCAGAAGCGGAGGUCAUUUAGGUUCGAAAACUGGUGGCUGGAGGAGGAAGGAGUGUCAGAGGUUAUUGAUGGGGGUUGGGUGGAUGCUGAUACGAACUCGGUUGUUGAGAAGCUUGCGGGUUGUGCCGCUGAGCUGCAGCGCUGGCACAGGUUGCGAUCUAGGCAGAAGAAUGAGGAAAGGGAUUUAAUUCUUGCCCAGUUGGAAUUGUAUCGUGGAAGUGUUGAUCCGGUGAAUGCUGCUCGCUAUAUGGAAGCACAUAAUGAGUAUAAUAAAAUCCUUAUUCAGGAUGACACUUACUAG